GGGUUAGCACUUAAAGGCGAAAAGAUAAUUAUAAAAACGAUGGGGGAAACUUAUAGCUGGUUACUAAACAAACAACAAAACAUUUGAGUUGAAUAAAUGAAUAGAGUGUACAUGAACAUUUUAAGCACUGUUUUAUAUAGACUUGAAGAUUUGGUUCAGUAUUUCAUUGACUGGUCAUGAACAGCAAGUACAAGCUCCAAGAAUGUUUUUGAAAUAUAUAAUACAAAUGUACAAAAAAUACUAGAUUAGAUUUAGAUUCUAGAUAAUGAUUGUGCAAAGCUCACUGGAAAGAAAGAAAUAAUUGAGGAACAAUACGCCACAAUCAGCUUCAUUUAGUAGGAAUGGAUUUUCUUUUUAUUAUAUAACUUGUUUUGUUGUGAUUCACCUUGGAAUACAAAAGAUCUCCAGAAAAAGACAUUAGUGAGGUACCUUCAAUAUGUCCACAGAAGAUGUUGGAGAUGAUCUACUUGAGACAGUUGAUGAUGAGGAAGAAGAAGAAGCCAUGACAGCCCCUGAAGUCUUACACAAAUUAGAAGAAGCUUGGCUAAAUGAAAAGUUUUCACCAGAUCUUUUGCCUGUGAAAUCCAAUCUUGUGGAAUGUAUGCUAGAUCAAAUUGUAGCUAUGGAAAACAAUAUAUCUACGCUAAAGAAAGGUGAUUUCAGAAUAAGUGUUCAUCGGAUGGAGAUAGAUCGUAUAAGAUAUGUCAUCAGCAGUUACUUGCGGCAUCGACUAGCCAAGAUUGAAAGUUUGACAACACAUGUAUUGCAAGAAGAAGAAAAAAGAAGAGAUUCUGAAAAUGUGCUUAUGUCACCAGCUGAACUGGAGUUUGCUAAGGGAUAUUGUAACAGUGUAAUGACUCAUUUAACAAAUACUGCAUUGGAUCAUAUGCCAUUGAAAGCUGCAACUCCAAAUGCUAAAGAAAUAGCUGUACUUCCCAAUCUGGACAGUUACGUCUUCCUGAAGGUCAACGAGAACACCGAGAAUGUUCUGGUAGAGGAGGAGACUGUGGAUGCCAGAGAAGAAAUAAUGGACUUUGAGAAGGGAGAUCAACACAUUAUGAGAUAUAAACCGAUUGCUUCCCUUGUUGAGUCUGGCGGAGUUUCUUUGAUUUGAUCCACUUUGCCACAUUCACAUGCCUCCACUGUUCAUUGUAUUAAGUCGGCCUAGCUGCGGUAAAAUCAAUGCCCUUCACUACACCUUCUAUAAGAAUCAGCCAUUUUACCAGAAAGAAAGAGUGUAUUCCUGAAAUAUAUUCAAUGAAUGUUUUGUUGAGAGCUAUUAAUUAGUUUAUAAGUAGAAGUUGCAUUUAAAAUUGAGAUAUCAUUAUGACUAUGGAAUGUAAAUAUCUACACUGAAAUUUACUUUUCGAUGAUUUGUUUGUGUCUAGGUCUACAUUAUUGUUUAUCAGUUGUCAUUACACGUGUAGAAUAAUUGUUUUAAAUAGUAUGUAUGUUCUUAAUACACUUUAGAAUUAUAGACACAUAAUAAAUAAAUAUUUUGUA